AUGAGAGCCUGUACCCUCCGCAGUGUUGCGAUGAACCGAUACCGCUUGAUCGAUUUGCGGAGUCACACUUGCAAGGUCAACGAUGAUGAUCAGAAAUUCAAAGAGACUGUCGAUGAGAAGGGCUACAAGGAAUGCUAUGUUUGUGGUGCAACAGUAGAGCUUGCCGAAGCCUGCAAUCACAUAACCUGUGGAUGUAACAACAGCUUCUGCUAUAUCUGUGGCCAAGUUUGGACUGGAAUUCACGGCUGCCCGCAGUACGGCCCUGCGCAUUACGACGAAGAGGGCUACAAUCAAGACGGCUACCAUCGAGAUACGGGCCUCAACCGUGAUGGCAGGACCCGCCAUGAACAAAUGAAUCAUACCCGCGGGGAAGAUGACGAUGACGAUGGCGACGAAGAUGACGAAGGCGUUGAUGGAGACGACGAGCAAGUAGAAGAUAUGUGGCACCAGAUCCUGAGUCAUGUUGAUCCCGAUCGUAGGGCUAUGCUUCAGAGCCUAGAUCCAGAGGAGCGAGAGGACGUUUUGAUGCAGCUCCAGAUUGAGUUCAUCGAUCAGGGGGUUAUUUUCAAUAUUCCCCAGCCUCCUGCUCCGCCGCAGCAAGAAGGUAACGGUGAAGACGAAGACGAAGAUGAAGUUGAAGAUGAUGAUGAAGUUGAAGAUGAUGAUGAAGUUGAAGAUGAUGAUGAAGUUGAAGUUGAAGUUGAAGAUGAAGACGAGGAUGAGGAUGAGCAAGACGGCGAAGGAGAGGGCGAGAGUGAGGGUGAAAAUGGGGGCGAGAGUGACGACGGAAAUGAGAACGAGGGUGACAAUGAUGUUCAACAAAUUGACCAACUGUUGAACGCUGAAGUCAUCCAGGGUGCUGAUCCCAACGCGGGCAACGACCCUCCUAUUCUGGAUUUCGGCCACGGUGCCAUAUUCGCUGAUGAGCUUUCUCCUAUGGCGGGCUCUUGGGUCGAUUCAGACGCAUCCUCCCCCGAUGACCUUUCACAUGGUACCACUUCCAACACCGUAUCUUCUGCCACUUCACCCGAGGAGCUUGCGGAUAUCAGUGACCAGGAACAGCUUAAGUCUAGCCAUGUCCAUUGA